CAGCGCUACAGUUCAUGUCACAGCAAUAUGCUUUCUCCUGCUCUGCCUCUCUCGACGCGCAUUGGACGGACACGCGAUGCGUAAGCUCCGCCGAACCCGUAGCUCGUCUAAAUAACCCCGAGGCAGAUGAAGGUUUGGAACCGGACUUUUCGCAGAAGAUUUUAUCCACCUGGUGCCAAAGUGUAACUGGAACCCUGCUGCGGGCUGCCGCUGGAGUUGCGCUCUGUCAGGACUUGGAUCAACAACAAAAAAACGCCCGGGUGCGGGCGCAUGCCGACCGGCGGUGCGCCUUUAAAGUUCUCCACUUUUUCUUUUAUUGUCACCCGCACACGAUGUCGAGCUGCGUCCGUUCGUCCCAAAUUGUUGGACUGUAUAGGCGCGACACAGCAGGCAACUUCAGUAGUAGAGGAUGCAGAGCGGACCAAGCGAGCAACUGAGGGGAAAGAAUGAUCGGAUACCCUUCUUUUUUUAAAUAUCAUUUUAUAUAAAAAAUCAGGGAAGAAAUGUACCACAGCAGACGUGUCACCGCGUUUCCAGCAGCCGCCUGAGCGCAAUGCUCCAAAGAGUGGUGCCAGGCUGCGCGCAACUUCCUUCUCUUCAUUUCUUCAAUUUUUCCUAAAAAAACCCCAGCUGAUGCGACACAACUGACAGCCUUGAAGCCUGUUGCUCAAGCAAAUUGCCAUGAUCUAAAAAAAAACAAUCAUAUUUUGCAUAAAUGACUGCACGAGGCAUGACAUUUUUACAAGAACAUUUUUUUUUACUAGCGAUGCUGCAAGUAUGAUAUUUUCUUUGAAUUAAGCCAUUUCGGCUUCCAUAUAUAUAUAUAUAUAUAUUUUUUUUUGGUGGGGGAUUCUUUCAUUCCUCAUGGCUCAAGGAAACAUGUUGCACAUCCUUGCACUUCAGUCGGCGCUGUUACUUUUGGGAUCAGCAGACAGUCGAGUCCUAGAGGGACUGCAAAGAUAUUCCUCCCUCCCCGCAUACCUGCCUGUCAACUACCAGCUGCUCAACGCUGACUUGGCGUUCUUCCUGAAGGAAGCCAAUCAGGACUUCAUGAGGAACUCUAGCCUGAUGGCUCGGACUGAGCCCUUCUUCAUCUACCAGGCUCGGAGUUUGCCCUCGAUGAAUGCUAGCUAUGGAGCUCUCUCUGUGGAGCAGCCUGUCCCCUUGGAACUCCUACAGAGCCCGGGGACUUUCCCUGCCUCUUCUGUUUUUACCUUCAACUGGAAGGUGCAGACCUUUAUCAUGAAUACCAGGAUUCACCUGAUCAAGCCCAAAGUCCAGGUUAUGUUCUAUAUUGCCGGGCGGGACUGGGACGACUACAGUGCCAUAGACAAGCUGCCCUGUGUGCACAUGUUUGCUUUCCACGAGACCCAGGAGGUACAUGGCACUUGCCAGCUGAAAGGGGAGCUGGGGCUGUGUGUGGCCGAGCUGGAGCCACUGGCCGGCUGGUUCAGCCCGCCCAGUGUGGUGCCAGGACACCAGCGGAACCUUGAAGUAUCCGAGGGCACCCCGGUGGAGCUCUACUACACACUUCAGUCCACAGAAGCAGGGGAGUGCCACUCAGAGGAGGCCAGGAAGGACAGCUUCAUCCGCUCGAGCCAGGAAGGGCUGUUUGGCUCCUUCACCUCCACGCCGCUCAGGAGGGUCGGCGGUGUGAAGCUCUACCAGAACCCCACUCCUCCUCCUCUCGCUGAACACAGGCUGGAUAAUAACUUCAUGGUCAUGGUUCCAGCUACGCCCAUGAGACAGAGGGAAACCGUCUCUGCUUUUAUCGUGGUGUCAGCCUACUCUCCUGUGGAGAUGUUUUCUCUCAGAGUUAAGUUGAGGGAAGGAGUGACGUUUCUUGGGGCUCGACCCAGCAACCCAACCCAGUGGAUAGUUAGCCAGGAUGUGAGGAGUGAAGGCCACCGGGUGGUGACUCUGCACUGUCGCAGGAAGGAGUCCAGCUACGAUCAGCAAAGGUCUGAGAUGGGAGUUCAGAGGGUGCUCCAGGUGGAUCUGAAAAUGGAAAGCUUCCCGGAGCCGUUGGGCAGCCGCUGGAUGGCCUGGCAGGUCGAGUACCCGGCCAGUCGCACCACCACAAAGGAGGCGGAGACGGAGAUCCGACUGGCGCAGGAGGACCUGGCAGGCAUCGUGCCCCUGGCCAUGGACUCUGAAAUCUUGAACACCGCCGUGCUGACUGGGAAGACAGUGGCUGUCCCGGUGAAGGUGGUCACCAUUGGAAUAGACGCCUCUGUCACUGAUAUCUCUGAAGCAGUCAAGUGUCGUUCUACGGAUGAAGAUGUGGUCAAGGUGUCAGACAGGUGUGACUACAUUUUCGUAAAUGGCAAGGAGAUGAAGGGCAAGUUGAAGAUGAUGGUGAACUUCACCUACGGAUACCUAAGCGCUCAGCUGGAGCUCAAUGUGUGGAUCCCUCGACUUCCCCUCCAGAUCGAGGUGUCAGACACGGAGCUCAGCCAGAUCAAAGGGUGGAGGGUGCCCAUCGUUGCUCCCAGUCAGAGGUCAACACGGGACAGCGAGGAUGAGGACGAUGAAGAAAGACGAGGACGAAGCUGCACUCUGCAGUACCAGCAUGCCAUGGUUAGAGUCCUGACCCAUUUUGUAGCUGAGUCAGCUGAUCCUCGAGGCCAGACAAGCUUCAUGCUGGGCACUGAUUGGCAGGUGGACAUCACGGAGCUGGUGUGGGACUUCCUGAAGGUGGAGGAUCCCCAGAUUGCACAGCUGCUGGACAGGAGGAUACUGAUGGGACUGGACGUGGGCAUGACCACAAUCCAGGUGUUGUCUCCUUUGUCCGACUCGAUCCUGGCAGAGAAGACUGUCACAGUGGCGGAUGACAAAGUCACCAUCACAGAGCUGGGGGUGCAGCUGGUGACGGGGCUCUCCAUGAGCCUGCAGCUCAGUCCCGGGAGCAACCGAGCUAUCCUCGCUACCACGACCACACAGGAGGUCCUGCAGAGCCCGAAGCAGGAGGCCCUGAUCAGCGCCUGGUUACAGUUCAGCGACGGCUCUUUGGCUCCUCUAGACCUGUACAAUUCUGACUUUUUUGUCCUAACAGCCACCUCCCUAGAUGAGGAAGUGGUAACAGUGCAGCAGGACCCCUCGUGGAAGUGGCCCAUCAUCAUGACAGAGGCGGAGGGCCAAGGCCUUCUGGUCAGGGUGGAAAUGACUGUUUGCGAGGUCUGCCAGAAGUUCAAGCGACGCAGCGUCCUGGCAGCGGGGAACUGUAACAUCAGGGUGAAGUUUGGUCACAGUGACAGCUCAAGGGCAGGGGGCAGCGACUACGGCCCCGAUGGAGACGAUAUGGACAACAGAAGCAGGCUCUCCCCCUCCCAGGACAGGACCGGACUUAACACCCACUACUAUGGCAGCUCCAUCUCUGACAUGGAGGACGGGGUGUUGAGGAGAGCCACCACCACUAGGAGCGCAAUAAUGCGCCGACCCAGUGGCGAUAAACUUUCAGAUGAUGGUAACCAGAACAUGCCAAUCGACUUUGCUGAUUUCCCUGCACAAGUGGACCUCCCCCGCGGCCGUAACAUGGAUGACGACCUCAUUCAGACUGCUCGCGGGCUCACAGACCUGGAGAUUGGCAUGUACGCCCUGCUGGGGGUCUUCUGCCUUGCUAUUCUGGUUUUUCUUAUCAACUGCAUCUCCUAUACCCUGAAAUACCGCCACAAGGAGCUGUCCAUUGAGGGACAGGAAAGCAUGAACCACGCCCACGAUUGGGUGUGGCUGGGGAACGAGGCAGAGCUGCUGGAGAGCCAAAUCAGCCUGUCGCCACAGCAGGAGGAACAGACCUCCAUGAUGGACUCAAGCAGCGGCCUUGAAGAGGGCAGCCACCUGCUGAAUGGAGGCUCGGUCCAGAAGAACGUGCAGGGCCAAGUGCACCGGACGGCAGACACGGGCUGCUUGGCCAAAGACAGCAAAGGAGACUCACCCACCACCAAGAGGAAGCGUGUCAAGUUCACCACGUUCACCACCAUCCCCUUGGACAGUAGCUAUCCCACUGUUAACACACUGACUGGAAGCCACAGCCAGGAUAUUAAGUGGGUGUGCCAAGACGUGGAGCUUGGAGACUCCAAGGAGUUGCGCAAUUAUAUGGAAAGGUUAAAUGACAGUGCUUUAAAAGAGGUGGCAUAAUGUACUAUGUGCACUGUGUGACAAACUCACCCUUAUGCCUUUCAGAGGAAAGAGGUCCGGAGAGAAGCCGGACCCCUAACUAGGUGAAAGAGGAGAACAUUUUCUUCAGAAUCACCCCAAACUGCCAAAGGGUCAUUUAAUUUCAGUGGACUGUCAAGAUUCCACAGUGGACUGAUUAAAUACAGUAUGUCAUUGUAUGAGGAUGUCAGGUGGUUCUUUUUUUCCCAUUUGUUGAUCAGAUGGUUACUUUUUUAUCACCGUUUUAUCACUACAGGGUUUAGAUAGAACUCAAGUAAUGAUCCCAGGACUGAUCUGCGGCAACUUUGAACUGUUAUAUUCAGAUGACGUGUAGAUUUAAAAAAAAAAACAUUGACAUAACUAGGUAGAUGUUCCAAAUGUGUAUGCACAUUAAAUGGUUUUGGAAGUUUUGUAAUAUUUUGGAUAUUAAUUUUAUUAAUUACGGAUCCUAAUUCUGUGUAAGAGUUCUGGGAAGGCCAAAGCAAGCCAAGAGAAAUGUUUGCAUGUUGUUGGGUGAAGAAAAGAAAAAAGGCACAACUUUCCAGGUCAUUCUCAUUCUCCUUGACACAUCACAAGACCUGUUAUGUAUAUACCAAACAGUCUCCAAAGCAUUGUAUUGUUGCUCUGUAUAUUGUAUUUUCAUAACAUUUAAGGAAUACACAACAAUGUCAAGA